AUGGGGGUCGCCGCCCGCGCCCUCCGCGCCAACCUGACGUCGCUCGGCCCCCUGGUCCUGCCGCUCAGCGAGCAGCUGCUCUUCGCGGCCAACCUCGCGGCCCGCAAGGUCGCAUCGGCCAGCAAGGCAGCUGCGCAGCAGAUGCCGCUGACGUGGACUCGGCCCUACACGCCCGACUUUAAGAAGGCGUUUGAGCACAUGUGCAUCCACACCGGCGGCCGCGGCGUGAUCGACACCAUUGAGAAGGAGCUGGCGCUGCCCAAAAAGGCGGUGGAGCCAAGCAGGGCGGCGCUCUACCAGUUUGGAAACACCAGCAGCACCAGCGUGUGGUACAUACUGGCGUACAUGGAGCACAGCGGCCGCGUGUCGAAGGGCGACCGCGUGUGGCAGCUCGGCUUUGGCAGCGGCUUCAAGUGCAACAGCGCCGUGUGGGUGGCCAACCGCAGCAUCCGCGACUCGCACCGCGCGUGGGAGGGCUUUGACGUCAACAAGAUGUAUGCGGACCUGGAGGCGAUGGACGCCAAGCUCCAGGCGGAGCGCGCCGCACGCCAGCUCAGCGCCCACUAG